AUGGUCCAAGUCACCUACCACGCUCGUUUAUCCGUCAUCGCCGUGCCUGCCAUCGAGGAUCGCCCCUACAGCCGUCAAUCGUCUUUGCGCUCCUCUCACUCAAAAUCCUUCUCGCGCUCAAUGGUUCGCGCCUGGAAGACCGUCACCCGCGCAGUCCGCAGCCCACGCCGUGCCUCCAUCCUCCCCGCCGACUUUGUCAUCAUCACCGCGCAACAGCAGGCCAAGAGGCGCAGCAUCAUGUUUCAUUAA